UUUGCUUUUGUGCGAAUAUUGAACAGGAAAGCAGUGUGAUUGAAUGUGGGUUUGUGUACAUUGUAAUGUGCUUGACUGCAGAAGCCCAGAUAUUUUGCUUUCAUCAGUUGCUGUUUUGGCAGCUUUAGAACUUUGUGUUGGUAUUAGAAGACCCUGAGAGUCUAAUUACCAAAUCUGCAAUUAGGAAAUGAGGCUGGAGUUCAUAUUUCAGCCUUGAAGCAGAAAUGACAAGUGAAACAGACAAUCUCUCAGUGGUAGUGCAUGCAGCUGGGGACCUCAGACUGGAGAAUCGUCCAGUGCCAGAACCAGGCCCUAAUGACGUCUUACUUCGAAUGCAUUCCGUUGGAAUAUGUGGCUCUGAUGUUCACUACUGGGAACAUGGCCGUAUUGGCGAUUUUAUCGUUCAAAAGCCAAUGGUUUUAGGACAUGAAGCUUCGGGAACCGUGGUGAAGGUGGGAACAGCUGUCAAGCAUCUUAAGACAGGUGACCGAGUUGCAGUAGAACCUGGUGUUCCACGAGAAUUAGAUGAAUUCUGUAAAGCUGGACGCUACAAUCUGUCUCCUACAAUAUUCUUCUGUGCUACCCCACCAGAUGAUGGAAACCUGUGCAGAUAUUAUGUACACAAUGCCAACUAUUGUUACAAACUGCCAGAUAAUGUGACAUUCGAGGAAGGUGCACUGAUCGAACCGCUGUCUGUUGGAAUCCAUGCCUGCAGACGAGGAGGAGUUACAUUGGGAAGUAAAGUCUUUAUUUGUGGAGCAGGACCAAUUGGCCUGGUUACAUUGCUCAUUGCAAAGUGUAUGGGAGCAUCCCAGGUGAUAAUAAGCGAUUUGUCUGCUCUACGACUAGAGAAGGCCAGAGAACUAGGAGCAGACUUUAUCUUGAAGGUGGAGGGUGAAAAGCCUCAAGAACUUGCAAAGAAGGUCACAGAAUAUUUAGGCUGCAUGCCAGAGAUUACUAUUGAAUGUACUGGAGCUGAGGCCUGUAUACAAACUGGAAUCUAUGCUACUCGAUCUGGAGGCACAUUAGUCUUAGUUGGUAUGGGCCCUGCAUUAGUAAAUAUUCCUAUUGUGAAUGCAUCCGUUCGAGAAGUUGACAUCAAGGGCAUUUUCAGAUACUGUAACACGUGGCCUAUGGCAAUAGCAAUGCUUGCGUCAAAGAAGGUGGAUGUUAGACCAUUAGUCACACAUCGAUUCAAUUUGGAGCAGGCCCUUGAAGCUUUUGAAACGACAAAGAAGGGUCUUGGAAUAAAAGUAAUGAUGAAAUGUGAGAAACAUAACAAGAAUCCAUGAACAGGAAGAGCUUCCUCAGAAAUAUAAAUAAUAAUUAAAUUUAUUCUGUUAAUAUUUGAAGACAAUGCUGUCGUUCUCUCCUCAGUUUAAGUGGAAAACAUGUCUUUCUGUAUACAAUUCUUAAAAUUCUUUAAAUAGACCGUUUAAUUUCAUUCAGCUUAGCUGCUGAGUAAAUACAAUGAUAAAAAAUGCACCUUUUCUUGAUGUAUCACAUUGUGCCUGGUUAAAAUUCUUGUACUUAUUUUACAGUGCAUGCAAUAUGUAUAUAUAUUAUAUGUGUAAAACUAACACAAAAUACUGUAGAAUAUAUUUCACAGACAUAUAUUAACUGGAUUUCCGCAAAGAGACUUAAGUGGCAGUCCUUUCCAGACUGUAGUUUGCUGUUCUUAACACUACUGCAGUAGUUAGAGCUUUUAGGAAGGCUGAAAAUAGAGUAAACUGUUUAAAAAUGUUUCUAAAUUAUCAGAUUAACUGUUUUUAUCAAAAUUAAUAUACCACACUUCUGUGUUCCAGAAACCAAUUUUGCAGAUGUUACCCCAUUGUUCACAUGCCCUUUACAUGUAAGUGAUAAAGCUGUCGCAUAACAUAUUAAAAGAAAUAAAUCAUCCAAGUUAUCUGAAACUUAAAA